CACCUCCCUCCCUCAUUUUUUUUUGUUCUGAAUUCCCAUCCUCUUCCUCGAUGUAUGCUCUGAGAGAGUGAGCACUGAGCAGUCCAUCCUCCAUUCAACCAUUCCUCCUCCUCCAUCCUUCUCACGCAGGAGCAGUGGUGCCUUCGUCGUCGUGAGUCCCAACCGCAGCGCUCUUCUCCGUCGCAGCCGUAGCAGAGAGCGCCAGCUAUCGUGGUAAACCGAGCCGCCCUCCCCUCGCCGAGCAAUAGCAGAAGUUCAAGACCUCUCCUGCAACUCAACAAUGUCUUCUUCGGAGCUGCAAGGUUUGUAUGCAAAUAGCAGAAUAUGGCAGAAGAGGAAUCAAAACCAUUGAACUUCAUACCAGAGGUUAUACUCAAGAAGCGAAAAAGCAACGAAGCAUGGGCUCUUAGGAAAAAGGCUCAAUUAGAACGCUCCAACUUCCAAUCUAACAAGAACAAGGACGCUACCAUAAAAAAGCCCGAGGAUUUUGUUAUUCAAUAUCGCAACAUGGAGCUGGACCUUAUUAGAAUGAAGCGCAGAGUAAAGAGGAAACUUCCACAGCUGAACUCAGACUCCAAGCCCUUAAUUGUCAUUCGGAUUCACGGGAAAAAUGAUAUGCAUCCGAAAACAAGAAAAAAUUUGUACAGCUUGGGGUUGAGAAGAGUAUUCAAUGCUGUCUUUUUGAAGCCAUCAGAUGGAGUGUUAGCCAAGUUGCAGAGGGUGGAACCAUUUGUUACCUAUGGAUACCCAAAUCUUAAGAGCAUAAAGGAGCUAAUCUACAAGAAGGGGCACAUGAAAAUAGAGAAGCGGAAAGUUCCGUUGACAGAUAAUAACAUUGUUGAGCAGGAAUUGGGGAAGUAUGGUAUUGUAUGCAUAGAAGACAUGGUGCAUCAGAUAUAUAAUGUUGGUCCACACUUUAAGGAAGUUAUCCAACUUAUGUGGCCCUUCGAACUCAACAAACCAGUCGGAGGAUUGACAGGAUCAAAAACCCUUUUCAAGUAUGGUGGAGACUCUGGGAAUCGGGAGGAUGUCAUCAACGAAUUAGUCUCUAAAAUGAAUUAACCUUGAUCAUAUAUAUUGUAUCAAAAUUUUGAUCAUGUUUGUGAUGCCCCUAGGAGGAUCUUGGCUUCAAGUAUCUCAUUUUCUAGUUACUAUUGAUAUUGAUGUUCCCAGACAAAUUAAGAUAUGUUACUCUUUCUUUUCUUU